AUGACAAGCUUCGAUAAGGGAAAGCAACCAGAAAGGGAAGGAGUCUAUAACUUUGCACUGAGAGUUUCAUACCUCUCCUAUUUAACUCGUCCAAAGAUUGCGACUAGCUUCACGCCUGGACAUAAGUCUACGCCUUCCAAGCAUCUCGCUACCUCAAUAACCAAUAUAUCCAUUUCCGACGUUCUCAAGGAUUCCCUCGGUAGAGAUGCUAAAGGCGUGAAAUUCCCGGAGAAGUUCGUCAAAGCCCUAGAGAAGAAAUGUGAACAAGUCGCUAUGGGUAGAGAUCCACAAUACACUGAUAGAGAUUUUAGAGCUAUCGUUGGCGUUUACUAUGGUAAAUUUAAUAAGUACAAGCCCACAUACAAGUCAAAUCGCAAGAUAGAGGAGAUCGUCAUGCAUUUUGUAUCAGAAGCAGCCGUCCAUUUGAAGAAGGUGUCAUCAGAGAAUUGGCAGAAUCUAAUUAUCACACAGUCAGCAAAAUUCAUUCAGUUGAUUUCUACUACCCUGAAAUCUAUAUCCGGCGUAUCAACUGAACUCCUUGAUAGGGUUAAAGGUUAUGAAUCAAAACUAAGUACAGAACAAGUCCAAAAUGAUUACUUAGCUGUAAAGUCACGUGAUUCUCGACCUCCUAGUCCAACACCAGGUGCUACAUCCAAUUCAGUAACUGACAUGCCAAUGGUUAUGACUGUUGGUCAGUUGUUUGGUAAAUCUACUGCAACUCUACAAGAAGAUAUCAACGUUAUUAGCUUAAUCGUUACAGAGAAGGCUGCUUUCAAUGACAUCAAAGCCUGUUUACAACAACUCGGUUCAGACGAGGCAAUAACCGGUUCUAAGAAUGAUUUCGAAACUGAGAACGCUUAUGAACAUUGGAGAUUGAUAGAGAUGGAGACUUUGACUCAGCUUAUGAAAAUGAUGGUACAACUCAACCCAGCACUUGCGAAAUCCAGCCCAUCUGAUGCUGCUACAGCUACAUCACCUAGACCUUCAUCUCAACAAUCUUCACAGGAUGAUCAUUUCAAUGCACAUUCCCCAAUAACUCGUAAAGCUUCAAUGACUUCUCGCUUUUCACUUAAUUCUGUCGCUGGCGCAAUCUCUCGAACAACAUCAAAUGACGAAGAGAAGAAUGAAAAACCUGAGAAGCCUACCGAAACACCAAAAGCUUACGAAUAUACUAUUAUCCCACCAUCACCACGCGACUUUUAUGCCGUUUUAUUAACUACCUGCAUGGGAUACGAUUUGGAAGCUAUGCAGAACAUGUCAGAGGAUGACGAAGUCUCCCUUGGUAUUCUUUCUAGUCGUCACCUCGAGUUACUCGCUGAGUGUGCGGUACGCUGGCGUAUUAGUCCACCAUAUAAGACAGCAGCAUUCGUAAAUGAAAUGGUUUCACGGUAUGAAGUUGAUGAAGUACCUAUUGAUUGCAUACAUGAAGCUGUAAGAAUCGUUCAAAAGACAUUAGCAGAAUGGCAACUUGAUAUUUGGCCAACACCAGAUCGUAGCAGUCUAAUAAGUCUUUACAAAAGAGUAGCAUACACUUCUCUAAUUAGAAUUGGAGAUAAACUUGACGACGCGAUCAAUUCAAGUGCUGAUGACUUAUUCAGUGAUACUGAAAUCCUUCCUAUAUUAUACGAUACCGGCAUACUUACAGUUGGAGGUUUCAAUAUUCAAUAUGAGCUUGAUAGAAUUAAAGAAAGAGUUGGAGAAUAUUCAAAAAAUUCCUAUAUCUCUCACCGUAAAUUAGUCAAUGACACUCAUUAUAAUAACAAAGUUGAUCCAGCUUUUGCAUUAGUUGAUUGGGUUCAGAAGACAGGAAAGAGUCUUGACAAAUUAUACCCAAUGCCAUUACUUGAAUAUAUAGAUAUAGUUCCGCUAUUUAUUGAAAAGGCGACGCCUUUAUGUAUUUCAGAUAUUAGUUUAAAGAUACCCGAGUUCUUGACGGAAAUUAGAAACAAUCCGGAUGGUUUUCCAAUUGAUGAUGCUUUUAGUUUAUUAUCUAGCGUUCGCAGAUUAAUCUCUUUCUUCAAACAAGCUUGUCCAAAAUCACAGCUUGAUUUUUCGAUAGGUGCUGCUUUCGGUCCAUUUGUUGAUCAUUACCUUGAGCAAUCAGCGCGUAAAACUGAACAAUGGGUUGAUGCUGCAAUUCGUGCGGAUAACUUCGAAGUGGAUGAAAAUAUCGGUCAUUCAUCUUCAAUUGUUGACUUAUUCGAUUCGCUCAAGACCUGCGUUGUUAACAUUAAGAACCUGGAUUGGGGAGAUAGUAGAGAACAUGCUCAGUUCAUGACUCGUCAGGCUAACACACUCAGUCGGGCUAUCGAUCAAUAUAGCAGAACACUACUCGAGAUGUUCAUGAACGAGAUGUUCCCAGCUCCAUUACCUGAGACGCCUCAACCAGGUCAAUCGGCAUGGGUCACCCGCGCCCAGAAUUUUGUGCAAGGAGAGAAAAAAAUCGAACCAUUCAACUUUGAUGAGAAAUCAUGUGUAAAGUUAAACAAUAUUGAGGCAGCUAAGACUCUCCUUGACAGUCUCUAUAACCUCUGCGAUGCAGACGAAGUGGCCAGUACACUUCAAGGACAACAAUAUAGUACAUCUCGUGAUGAACGCUUUCUCUUCUCAAUCAAGAUCGUUAUGGCAGAAGAGCUACGUGCGAGAGAUCAAACGCCAGUACGGCUAGAUCCAUUUGUUACUAUCGCUAACGAACGUGGUGAUCGAAUUUACAAAAGUCGUACUAUCUACAAUACUCGUAAUCCACGAUGGGAAGAAAGUGUUGAUAUAUCGUUAACGAAACCUCUUUGGAUUGGUGCUACAUUAUGGGAUAGAAGUACCAUCGGGGAGCAUAAACUAAUAGGAAGAGGUUACCUCAAAUUGGAUCCACCGAAAUUUGAAGAUUGUCUUCCUCAAGAUAGGUGGCUCAAACUUGAUUCUAAUAAUGGUCAGAUAUUACUCAGAGUUAGCAUGGAAGGUGAGAAAGAUGAUAUACAAUUUCACUUUGGUAGAGCCAAUAUAUCACUCAAAAGAGCGGAAUCUGAUAUGUGUCGCACGAUAGUAGAUAAAAUGACUCCAUUUAUUAAUCAAUCACUCAACAGAACAGUUUUGAGAAGUCUUCGUAGAGGUGGUGGUUACUCUGAACAAGUUACGAAAACAAUUGAUAAUAUUACUGCUAAUUAUAAAAAUUGGAGAAGUCAGCGUGGGAUACAAUCAGAUAGUGAAAUACCAUUGCCGAAGGAUGAAAUACCACAACUUGCUCCACCAACAGUUGUCCGUAAUCGUCCUGAGGUUCUUACAGAUGAAGAAAUUGAGGAGGCUAUUGGUCCAUUGUUUGAUUACUUUGACGCCAAUUUUGCAGUAUUAGCUUCAACUUUAACUGAUACAGCAAAAAUUACGGUCAUGUCGCGAGUAUGGAAAGCUGUUUUGCUUACGAUUGAGGAAUUACUUGUUCCACCGCUAUCUGCUAAUCUUAGUGAUAUGCGUCCAUUGCCUGAUAAAGAAGUCGACAUUGUCUUCAAGUGGCUUCAGUCACUUAGGCUGUUUUUCCAUGCUGACGGGGAGGGUCUUCCUCUCGAAAUGCUCCAAAAUCAGAAGUAUAAUGAGAUAGUUUCUAUACGAUUAUAUUAUGAUUGGCCAACUGAUCCUUUGAUGGAGGAGUGUGUGAAAAUGAUGCAAAUGAGCCUACGAAAAGCACCAACAUUGCGCAAGAAGACCAAGACAGUCAAGUCACAGAGGAAUAUUGGUACAAUAAAAGCGCGCAAAAAGGAGAGAAGGUUACAGGAAUCUGAUCAUGGUGAUAUUAUACUCAAAAUAUUACGGAUGAGACCAUCGACCAAGGACUUCGUCGGUCAGCAGCUAGAGGUAUCGAAAUCUUAUUCUUUAACGACUCGAUUGACAAAUGGAUACUCGCAGAUGAAAAAAAGCAUUGCAAAAAAUGCUAAAAGAACUUCAAUCGCAUCGUCCUUUUCUAGUCCCAACACAAGCGCGAAUACGAGUACUAAUACGGGUGCAUAA